AGCACUUGGCUUGUCUGGACAACACUUUCUUUUUAUAUAUAUUUUUUUUACCCCAAAAUAUCUCACAAAUGGCAGGAGCGAUCAUAGAGAAGAUGAGCACUAAAAAGUUGGUUUUAUUUGUUUUCUUCAUUUUAUUAUUCCAAAUAUUUUCCAUCUUGGUUGGAGCAUUGAUAUCUCCCAGUCCUACCACUGCAAUCCGCUACUUGGCCACCAAAUGCAUCAAUUUCCACAGGACACGUGCUUGGCUCAUGCCAUGGGGCUCAAAUCGAUGCCAGCAGGUCCACAGUUUUGACGACCCUUUGGCAAAAACGCUCGAUGCUAACGACAUUGUUUUUGCUGUGCAUGUACCCCUACCCAACACUGAAAUGAGUCCGUGGUUUCAAUACAUGCUGGCUGUUCUGCAGUUUGACAUUGCAUUCAAAAUGAUAAAUCAGAUUGAAGAUGAUGUGGUCAUCACUAUCGAUGCCCGUCUGGCAUACAGGGACGACAUGACGUCUGAGUGGACCACAAAAUUUCACUCGGUGGAGCAAAGGCCACUCAGGUGCACAUUUGCAGUAUCCAAGACGUAUGAAAACGAAGGGCGCUUUUAUCACUGUGACCCCAUACCAUUCAUGGAGCUGGGAAGCGUAGCCCACAAAUAUUUUUUAAUGAACCUGCGUUUGCCAGUGAAUGACACAAUGAAUGUUGGCAUCGGGGAAAUAAAGGACAUCCAUGUAGUGGGUAUCCACCAGAAUGGAGGCUUCACCAAAGUGUGGAUCAGCAUGAAGACUGUGUUCAGUCCCUGGAUAUCAGUGGCUACAGUUUGGUACUGGUACAGGAUUAGGCUCUUGGCGAGACCUCCGGUCCUUUUGGAAAAGGUGAUUUUUGCUCUGGGCCUCUCAAUGGCCUUCCUGGACAUGCCGGUGGAGUGGCUGUCCACGGGCUUUGAGUGGACAUGGAUGCUGCUGUUUGAAGAUGCCCAGCAGGGCGCCUUAUACUCUAUACUUUUCUGUUUCUGGAUCAUCUUCUGUGGUGAACACCUCAUGGACCAACGUCAGAGGAAUCGCCUCUCAGCUUAUUGGUGGCAAGUUGGGCUUGUGGUGUUUGGAUCUUCUGUUCUUCUCAUAUUUGACCUGAGUGAAAGGGGAGUUCAUUUGAACAAUCCAUUCUACAGUGUGUGGGCGUCAGAAUCCAGGAGUAAGGUUGCAGUAUCCUUCAAAUAUCUAUUCUUUAUUAUAAAAAGUAAUUUAGCAGUCAGGUUACCAUUAACAUCCAAGCUUUUUUUUCUUAUCUGAAACCACAUAUU